AUGGUGGUCACAAGCAUAAAAGAGUUGGAAGCAGGAACUGUUUACAAUUAUGAUAGAUUAAGUGAACUCAAGGCAUUUGAUGAUUCAAAGGCUGGUGUACAAGGCCUUGUAGAAAAUGGUGUGACAAAAGUUCCACCUAUGUUCUAUUGUGAACACUCUUCUCUUAAUGAUGGGUCAACUAGUGAAUCAAGUCCAAAAAUUAGCAUCCCCAUCAUUGACCUCACAGGCAUCCAUGAUGAUCCAAUUUUGAGAAAUGAUGUUGUGGAAAAAGUUAGAUAUGCAUGUGAAAAGUGGGGGUUCUUUCAGGUUAUAAAUCACGAAAUUCCAAUUGAUGUUUUGGAGGAGAUGAUCAAAGGAAAUUGCAGGUUUCACCAACAAGAUGCCAAUGUGAGGAAAGAGUACUACACCCGUGAUCCUGGCAGGAGAGUUGCUUAUGUUUCCAAUUAUAGUCUUUACCAUGAACCUGCUGCUGUUUGGAAGGACACACUUGGUUGUUUGAUGGCACCUCAUCCACCAGAAGCACAAGAAUUGCCAACAGUUUGCAGAGAUAUUGUUGUUGAAUACUCGAAGAAAGUAAAGGCUUUUGCUUCUAUAUUGUUUGAGUUACUAUCAGAAGCUCUAGGCCUUAAACGGUUUCACCUUAAAGACAUGGGUUGUGCUGAAGGAUUUAUUCUUCUAUGUCACUAUUACCCUCCAUGCCCUGAGCCUGAAUUAACUAUAGGCAAUAGCAAGCACACAGACAGCGACUUUAUGACAAUACUUCUGCAUGACCAGAUGGGUGGUCUUCAAGUUCUUCAUGAUAAUCAUUGGGUUGAUGUAAUGCCCAUCCAUGGAGCCCUUGUAAUAAACAUUGGGGAUCUUUUGCAGCUUCUUACUAAUGACAAGUUCAUUAGCGUUCAGCACAGAGUUUUAGCAAGUAAAAAAGGUCCAAGAGUUUCUGUUGCAUCUUUGUUUAGAAUAUUUGAUGAAUCAGUAGUCUAUGGUCCGAUAAAGGAACUGUUAUCUGAAGAAAGUCCACCAGUAUACAGAGAGGUCUCUUUAAAAGAGUACACAACAUAUUAUUAUGCAAAGGGCAUUGGAACUUCCGCGCUAUCAAAUUUGAAGUUGUGA